UUGUGCUGUGCAUUACAUAGUACAUUCGAUACGAUAGCAACUUGUCGACUUUACAAUUUGCCUAAACAAAUUCCAAACGGGCAGCAUUCAUAGUUUGGCGACAUUUAAUUUAUAAUCUACGCAGAUGACCUUCAACAUGUUAUCUUACAGCUGUUAUGUUAUACUCAAUUUUUGCUAACAGUUUUGUAUCUCUCGAUGUUUACCACAGUGAAUGAUCUCGAAACUACAUUAUCUUAAUAACUGAAAUAGUUUGAUGUAUUUAGUAUAAAAUGUCUUGCAACAAAGUGGCUAUAGUGACCGGUGCAAAUAAAGGAUUAGGUUUUUCUCUAGUAAAAGAGUUAUGUGAAAACAUCAAUGGAAUUGUAUAUUUAACUUCACGAGAUGAGACGAGAGGUUUACACGCUUGCGAACAAAUUAAUCAGUUAGGUUACUAUCCUAAAUACCAUCAAUUAGACGUAGGAAAUACAGAAAGUGUUUUGAGAUUCACUUCAUCCAUUUGUAAAGAGAAAAAAGUUAAUUUAUUAAUUAACAAUGCAGGUAUACUAUAUCUUAACGAUGCUAAGGAACCAAAAUACGUUCAAGCUGAACAAACAAUACUCGUAAACUUUACAGCGUUAGUUAAUUUUACUGAAGCAAUGUUGCCAUUUAUUGAGAUUGGCGGGAAAAUAGUAAACAUAUCCAGUUCCUCUGGACAUUUAUCACGAAUACCGUCAGAAAAGCUUAGAGAAAAGAUAAGUUCACCAAAUUUAACUUUAAAAGAAUUACAAGAUCUAAUGAUCGAUUAUUUAGUAGCUGUGAAAGAAAACAAGGAAAUCGAAGAUGGUUGGGGCGACUCACCGUAUGUUGUAUCGAAAGUUGCAGUUAAUGCAUAUACAUUCAUGUUGAACAGGAGAUUUGCUGAUAAAGGCAUCAAAGUAGACUGCGUGCAUCCCGGCUAUGUAAUAUCUGACAUGACGCGAGGAUCGGGCAAUGUUUCUCCAGAACAAGCUGCCAAAGUUGUGGUCAAAGUGGCGUUAGAUUCGGAGAACGGCGGUCGAUACUUGUGGCACAAUGGUGAUGUUGUUCCGUGGGAUGGACCUGAUCCUAGAGGAUACAUUGACAAGAAGUAACGCAACAACUGAAAGAUACAGACAAUAGUUUAAGUAAAAUAUUUUGUAUAUUUUCACUGCUUCAUUUUGUUGAAAUUAAAAACGAUUAAAUUGUU